CACAUCUUCCCCUAUAUUCUCUCUUUCUCUCUAAAACCCUAAUAACUCUCCUUCUCCCUUACCACCUCUGUCGGCUGGAAACUUGGCCGCCACCCUCCUUGCCGCCGCUCUUGGAUACCUCGAGUAUCAACUGGUGCUUUCAUUGUUGAUCUCACAAACGCUCCGAUGUCGUCGUCCGAGCCCACCCCUACGUCCUUGACCUUGGAGGAUAUUAUGCACGCCAUCAACAACCUGGGACAAGAUCUGAACGCCACCAAACUCCGGGUUGCGGAAUUGGCAACCGCCCGGACGCCACACGUGGAUGACAAUCGCCGGCCUGGGGGUCCUUAUCAUCCGGGAUUGCGGCCGCCACCGUCACGCACCACACCACUGACCUUGGAUCCUGCCCCUCGCAUGCGAGUUGAUGCACCACGGUUUUCCGGGGAUGACCCUACGGGUUGGAUAUUUCGUGUCCAAAAAUACUUCGAUUAUUUCUUGACGGCCGAACCUGAACGUAUGCAACUCGUGGCCAUGUUGAUUGACCACCCGGCAUCUGAAUGGUUCCAUUAUUAUCACGCGAACAGCCCUUCGGUGACUUGGCCCGAGUUUCUUGACACCGUGCAGCAACGGUUUGAUCCCAAUUACUAUGAGAACUAUGUAGGGUUGUUGUCCAAACUCACGCAGUCAUCUUCGGUUCUGGAGUAUCAGUUCGCCUUUGAAUCUCUUCUCAACAAGGUUUCAGGAGUUCCCGAAUCCACACUGGUCGCCAUGUAUAUUGCGGGACUUAAACAACCGGUGCAAAGGGAGGUUAAUCUUCGGAACCCUAGCACCCUUCCGGCUACAUUCGCGUUGGCACGUGAAUUAUCGGCUUGUCAUCAAGAGGCUGCGGUCACUUACUCAUCCGGGUCCCGGCGUCCUUGGUCACAGCGACCACCCUCCCCUGCCACUGCCGGACUGUUGCCUACCCCAACUGCUACCCCGAAGCUCCCCUCACCGGCCCCACGGCCCUCUGCUUCCCCAUCAAAUUUGCCUAUUGUCCGCUUGACAAAUGCUGAAAAAGCGGAACGUAACAAGAAGGGCUUAUGUUGGUAUUGCGACGAGAAGUGGAUACCAGGCCACCAUUGUAAGCAUCGGUUCUUGGUAUUUAUGGGGCCCGACGAAGAUGAAAAUCCCCCGGAUGUGGAGGAUCUGGUGGACAGAGACCAAGAGCUUGAUGUUAUUUCGGGGGACGUCUCUAGUCUCCACUCACUGGCGGGUAGUCCCAGUCCACGUUCGCUCAAGUUAGCCGGGUCAGUUAAAGAGAUGGCGGUACAGGUGCUUUUGGAUGGAGGGAGCACACACAACUUUAUUCAUCCCGCAGUGGCUGAGCGCCUCGCUUUAACACUUCACCCCGUAACGCCGUUUCGGGUAUAUGUCGGCAAUGGGGACUCACUAAGAUGUGCCUAUUCCUGCCCCCAAACGCCGUUAUGCUUGCAAGGUCAUCGAUUCGACGUGGAUUUGUACAUUCUUGAAAUACACGGCCCCGACAUCGUCUUGGGCGUACAAUGGCUGCAGACCCUCGGCAAGGUGUCACAUGAUUAUUCACAGUUAACCAUGGAGUUUACCUGGAAGGGCAGCCCGGUACUCCUGCGCGGGGAUGCUCCUCACCCUCGUCCCGUCUCCUUUGCCGGACGACGUUCCCGAGCCUAUUCGAGCCGUGUUGCUGGCCCAUUCAGGGCUUUCACAUAUGAGCGGCCGACCAAGUGGGCGAGUUUUCUACCAUGGGCAGAGCUUGCCUUAAAUUGCAGCCAACACGAGGGGCUGGGCGUAUCUCCCUUCCAGGCGCUUUAUGGACGGCCCCCUCCGUCGCUAUUUCCAACUUUAUCGGUCCGCGCUCGAGUACCGGCGGUUGAGGAGAUGUUACGCGAGUGCGCGGAUUUACUCACUGAUUUGAAAGCUCAUUUGACAAAGAUGCAACACCGUAUGCGUUCUCAAGCUAAUCAACACAGACGAGAUGUUUCCUUUGCGGUUGGGGACAUGGUGCUCCUAAAACUCCGGCCGUACCGCCAACACUCGAUGGCUCGCCCCUUAUCUGCCAAGCUUGCUCAACGAUAUUAUGGUCCCUUUGAGGUGUUGGAACGAGUGGGAGCUGUGGCCUAUCGUCUACGAUUGCCAGACGGAUGCAAGAUACACGACGUUUUUCAUGUGUCGCUACUCCGGCCCUUUGUCACACGCCCGGGCAGCUCGCGUACUCCCUCCUUGCCUGAUUGUUUCUUCAAGGGCCGCCCAGUAUCCUUGCCUGUUGUUGGACUGGACAGCCGCACAGUCCUAGUGGAUGGCCAACCGCAGGAGCAAUGGCUCAUCCGUUGGUCGGAUGGCACGGAUAGUGAUGCUACGUGGGAGCCUGUUGCUGAAUUAUUGGACAAGUAUCCGGAUCUUCGCCUUGUGGACAAGGUCGUGCCUAACCCCGGGGGAGUUGAUACGGGCCAUGCAAAUGGUACGGGCCAUGCGGACGUAGACCAUGAAGGGGAUCCUAGGGCUUUGGUGCUGGCUUUGGCGUUGGCUUUGGUGAAGGUUUUGGUGCCAACUUUGGUGAUGGUUUCGGUGCGGGCUUUGGUGGGAGGAGCGGUUCAUGCCUUUGUCCCAUCUUUGGUGCCUUCGGGCGGGGGUGGAUGUGGCUUGGGUGAGGGCGCGGGUGGAUGCGGCUUAGGUGCAGGCUUUUGUGGGACUGAUGCAAGCCUUUGUCCCAUCUUUGGUGUUGGUGGAGGUGGAUGUAAUGGUGCCUUUGGUGAGGGUGCGGGUGGUUGUGGCUUUUCUGCCUCUUUUGGCAUUGGUGGGGGUGGAUGCAAUGGGGCCUUCGGCGUAGGUGCCGGUGGAUGGGCCUUUGGUGCAGGGGCCGAAAGUGAUCUGCUGAUGAAGAUGGUGCAAAUGAGAAUGGCUAUACUUAUAUGUUUUGAAGCCUCCAUGGUAAACUUGUUAGCUAUAGAAAUUGCUAUUGCUAUGCAAAUAAGAGUAGCUAUACUGAUACCCUUUUAUACUAGUGGUUGGUCCUAGUUCAGUGGGGAUGAACUAACCAUGAUCCACUCUUUAAGAAAAAAGAUUGGUGGUGACCCGUUACUCGUGCUAAUAUGUUACCACAUGACACUCAUUAGCAAGAGUUUUCUAGAUCCUCAUUCUUUUUCAUUUAGUAAAUGCUUAGACAAAGU